AACGACCUCUUCUCUGGCUUUGCGCACAUGCCCCACCAUCGCCCUCCCGCUUUCCGUGUGUCUGAGAAUAUGUGACCGUAAACGAAAUGUAUCACCUCAAAAAUAUCCUGGUUUUGCGCACAGUUGCUAUAGAUGAUGCAAUUCGCUGCCACCAGGUUAUUUAAAUCGUCCUCGGCUUGUAGACAUAUCGCUUUAAGUCUGGCUCAUUCAACGUUGAGCACAACGGCUUUCGCAGCGCGUUCACGCAUUUCCCAACUCGUUUCGCACUUCUCCAGCACAACGAGGAGGAGGAUGUCUUUUCCGAGUACCAUUGAGGCGUUGAGCUUUUCCAGGACAGGAGGAGUGGAGGUCAUGGAGAAGAUCACUGUUCCCUUCCCCAAACAGAGUCCCGACAGCAUCGUCAUAAAGGUCAACUGGGGAGGCGUGAACACUAUUGAUACGUACUACCGCAAGGGGUUGUAUCCUGUAAAGGAGUUCCCGGUGUUAUCAGGCGUUGAAGCCUCUGGAACCGUCGUGGCGCUCCCUACAGACGAUUCGGUCCUGAAUGAUCCUCGCUACAAGGAGCGCAACCUCAAGAUUGGGAGUAGAGUCUCGGUGUAUUCCUUGGGUUCUCAUGCGCAGUAUACUUCUGUUAUAUGGCACAAGGUCUUCCCUUUACCCGACUCCAUUUCCCUCGAGCUUGCCGCCGCCGCCACGCUACAGGGCCUAACUGCCAUCACACAAAUGACCGAAGCAUACAACGUUCAGAAAGGAGACAUCAUUCUCAUCCAUACUGUAGCCGGAGGCCUCGGUCUCUUGUUCACGCAAUACGCGAAGUCCAGGGGAGCGACUGUCAUUGGUACCACUUCGUCGAAGGAGAAAGCAGAACUCGCAAAAUCUUUUGGUGCUGAUCAUGUUAUACUCUACCCUGUGGAGAAUACCGUCGAGCGAGUUCUGGAAAUCACAAACGGUGAGGGUGUACACGCCGUCUAUGACGGUGUAGGGAAGGAUACGUUCAUGGACAACUUCAAGCUGGUGAGACGAAAGGGCACUCUUAUCAACGUUGGCAACGCCUCUGGACCGGUAGAACCAAUCCCACCGUUGAAGUUGGCUGGCAAGAACCUAAAGCUUGUCCGACCUAGCAUGGCCAACUACAUUGUGACACCGGAGGAGUCACAGUACUACACUCAACAACUGUUCCAAGAGCUUGAGAGUGGACGUCUCAAAGUCAAGAUCGACGGCGUUUAUCCGUUCUCCACAGAGGGUGUUCGGCAAGCGCAAACAGAUCUAACGACUCGCGGAGGGAAGGUUGCUGGCAAGUUGCUUAUCAAGAUCGCUGACGAGUGAAGGAAAUGCCCGUGACUACAUAUUCAAAUUCCGAAGCGCGUGUACGAUCGGGGGGGGGGGGGGGGGGGGGGCCAUGCUGCAUUGUUCAAUGUACAGUUGCAAGUGUGGAUUCUAAAUAUACGAAGAAGCAGCAAAUAUCAC